AACGUUGCUCCAUCUAUAAAAUCAAUUUCAUUUCGGAGUUCAUAUUCAGUUAGUUGGAAGGUGGCAUGACAGAAGCUUAAUACUUUCCAACAUGGCUACGUUCGUGCGACUAACAAUAUUUUUUGUGUUCGCACUUUGCCCAUUUAUAAUUAAUGCAGUGAAUAGAGAUACUUUUAAAACAUGCGAACAAAGCAGCUUUUGCCGACGCUGCAAAAAAGUCGAACCAGGUAAAACUCCUUAUCAGUUACAGCCGAAUACAGUUGCUCACAAUGAAUCUACUCUAACAGCAGAUUUAUUUAAUAAAGAUACCGGUGUAUUUUAUUUGUUAAAACUUACCGUACUUAAAGAUCAUACGUUUAGGCUUCACAUUAAUGAAAAAAAUCCAUUACAUCCACGAUACGAAGUUGAGUAUUCUUUACAAGAUCAACCGCAAACAUCGAAAUUGGAUAAUAUUGAAAAAACUACAGAAUACAUAUCUGUGACCAAUGGAGAGAACAAAGCUGUUUUAUAUAUCAAUCCUUUUAGAGUAGAUUUAUACUCUCAAAAUGUUUUAGUCAUUUCAGCGAAUGCUCGUGGUUUAAUGAGAUUUGAACAUCUUCGACCAAAACCAGAAAGCAAAUCAGAUCAGGAAGAAAAAGCAGAAAAUAUUCAAACAGAAGAGAAACAGCAAUCACAACAAUAUCCUGGUGAUGGUGCUGAAAGUGACCCUGGUGCUUGGGAAGAAAAUUUUAAAAGUCAUCAUGAUUCUAAACCUUUCGGACCGGAAGCCGUAGCUUUAGAUUUUAGUUUUCCAGGGGCAGAACAAGCUUAUGGUAUCCCAGAACAUGCUGAUUCUUUUGCUUUAAAAUCUACAAAACAAUUAGACCCAUAUAGGUUAUAUAAUUUAGAUGUAUUUGAAUAUGAGGUAAAUGAACGAAUGUCAUUAUAUGGAGCAAUUCCAGUCCUUUAUGCGCAUGGUAAAGACAAAACAGCAGGUAUCUUUUGGCAUAAUGCAGCAGAAACAUGGAUAGAUAUAUUAUCGAGUGCUGAUAAUAAUGUUGUAGAGAGUUUUGUUAAUUUUGUUUCGGGUUCUACAAAGAAAUCACAAGUUGAUGUACACUUUAUGUCUGAAUCUGGAGUUAUUGAUGUAUUCUUCAUGUUAGGACCAAAGCCUUUGGAUGUAUUUAGACAAUUCACCGUUUUAACUGGUACAGCACCAUUACCACAGAUGUUCACUUUGGGCUACCAUCAAUCACGUUGGAAUUAUAAUGACCAAGAUGAUGUUGCUCAAAUUGCCAAUAGUUUUGAUGAGCAUGAUUUUCCAAUGGAUACGAUGUGGCUUGAUAUUGAAUAUACUGAUGGUAAAAAAUAUUUCACAUGGGAUUCACGUAAAUUUCCAAAUCCUCUUGAAAUGGUUCAAAAUUUAACGGAUAAAGGAAGGAAAUUAGUUGUCAUUAUUGACCCACACAUCAAAAGAGAUCCUAAUUAUUUCAUACAUAAAGAUGCUACUAAUUUAGGAUAUUACGUUAAAACUAGAGAUGGAAAAGAUUAUGAAGGUUGGUGCUGGCCAGGAGCAUCGUCGUAUUUAGAUUUCUUUGAUCCAAAGGUUCGAGAGUAUUAUAUUGGUCAAUAUAGUUUAGAUAAAUUUCAUGGUACUACAAACAAUGUAUAUAUCUGGAAUGACAUGAACGAACCAAGUGUUUUCAAUGGUCCAGAAGUAACUCUACCUAAAGAUGUUAUACAUCACGGUGGUUGGGAACAUAGAGAUGUUCAUAAUAUUAAUGGCUUUGUUUAUACACUUGCCACCUAUGAGGCUCUCUUUAGAAGAUCAGGAGGAUCUUUAAGACCUUUUAUUUUAACAAGAUCUUUCUUUGCUGGAUCACAACGUUUUGCUGCUAUGUGGACUGGUGAUAAUACGGCAGACUGGGAUAAUCUUCGUAUAAGUUAUCCAAUGUGUCUUUCUAUAUCUAUUUCUGGCAUGUCAUUCUGUGGUGCAGAUGUUGGUGGAUUCUUUAAAAAUCCAGACAGAGAACUAUUUAUUAGAUGGAAUCAAGCUGGUGCUUGGCUACCUUUCUUCCGUCAACAUUCACACAUUGAAACAAAAAGACGUGAACCGUGGACAUUCAAUGAAGAAACUACACAAAUAGUAAGAGAAUCAUUCAGAGUUAGAUAUUCCUAUCUACCAUUGUGGUAUACAUUGUUUAGAGAACAUGAAAUAAAUGGUACACCUGUAAUACGACCUUUGUGGGCGCAUUAUCCAACAGAAACACAAACUUAUACACUCGACGAUCAUAUACUUGUUGGAGAUUCCAUUCUUGUACGUCCCGUAUUUCAACCUUCUGCUACGGAAGUUAAUGUAUAUUUCCCAGGAGAGGGUAAGGUAACGUGGUAUGAUAUCGAUACCAUGCAACCAUAUACACAAGCUGGAUCAAACAACAUACAAGUAACUAUUCACAAGAUUCCUGUAUUCCAAAGAAGUGGUUCCAUCGUUCCACGUAAAAUGAGAAUACGUCGUAGCACAGUUGCGAUGAGGAACGAUCCAUAUACUUUAAUUGUUAUUGGUGAUAAUAAUGGUACUGCUAGUGGUAACCUGUAUAUUGACGAUGAAAGUAGCUUUGAAUAUCGUCAUGGAAAGUAUCUGUAUCUAAAACUUAACUUUGAUGGAAUUAAGUUAACUUCAACAUUUAUUGAUAAAUUAGCUUCGUAUGAAACGAAAAGUUGGUUGGAAAGAGUAGAUAUAGCAAAUCCUCCUAAAGGAAUUAAGUCUGCUCAGCUUAUAUCACGCAGUUCAAGAACGGUGACAUUAGAAACUAAAUAUAACCCGAACAAUAAUGUACUAACAUUGCGUAAACCAGGUGUAAAUAUGAGCGAGGAAUGGACCAUUGAAUUAAUUCGUUAAAACUGAUUAUACUCAUAUCAAAUCAGAAAUUAUACAGCAGAAUUAAUUUUUUCAUGGUAAUAUCAAUCCUUCAGCCAUCUGUGAUCCAGAAAGUAAUGUAUGUUAAAGUAAAUACAAAUGCAAUUUAGUUGUUAUAAUAGUAAAAAUGCAUUUGUUACCUGAACAAAUUUCUUUUGUGACAUAGCUUUAUGCAAUCAAGCAGCAUAAAUUAAUAAAUAUUAUGUAUGUGGUAUCUUUCUUUGUAUCGCAUGCAUUAAGUUUUUUAGAAAAAUAAACAAAUGUUAAGGAAACUAAAGUGAACUAUUAUUUAAUGAAAAAUAUUGAUUUAUAUACAAUUGAAGGCUUGUUUUGUGUAGUGCAGAAUAACAAUAAAAUUAUAUUUAGUUCACAAAAGUCAUUUAUUUAGUCAUGUUCGUUCCGUUGGUGCUUGCUUAUGGGCCAGAUACAAAAACACUAUAGAUGAUAAUGCAGAUACCAAAAAGAUUACAUCAAACCAUCUGUGAUAGAAAUUAAACUGAAGUUCACCCAAAACUUGUGUUAUAAUUAUUCUGUAUUCAGCAGGCAUAUUCAUGCGCAUAAGUAAUACAGAGGACACAAAAUACAUUCCCUAGAAUUAAAGGAAUAUAAAAUUACAUAAACUGCCUUUGCACUGUGAGAAAACAUUUGUAAGAAAAAAUCAUAUAAAGAAGAAAGAGAAUAGAUCUUACCAUUAUUUGUGCAAGUAUAAGUACAAUAAUAUUUGAGGAUUUGCUGCUUGAUAUAGCAUAAAAGAACUGAAAUAUGAACACGAAAUUACGUUUGUGGUAAGCAUUUUUGUUAUGAAGACUGAUAAUAAUAAAUUAGUCAUGUCUCAAAAAUUGUAAGUCACGUUCUUUGCUUAUACUCAAAUAAUAUCAAAAUUUAAAUAUACAAUUUUGCAUAUUAGUUAAUCAGUUAAAUGUAAAGAUGAAAUAAUACAAUGAGAUAUAAAUAAAAAGAUUAAUUGAUAUAAAUUGACUGAAUAACUGUAUAUACAUAUAUAAUUAUUAUGAAAUUUAUAUCAUACCUUUGUAAGAGUUAACAACAAUCCACGAAUGGAAGUCAAAACAAUACAUCCAACUAAAUAGAAGGAUAUGUGUUGUGACCAAAAUGUAACAUCUAUAUCAAAACCCAUCCAAUGAACAGCAAUUUCAAUUCCUCUGGUAACAGGAUCCUUUUUACCAACGCGAUCAAAGACUAUGUUGAUUGUGGACUGUAAAAAAAUGUGACAUAAUAUUUCAUUGUUUAUCAAAUAUUAUUAUUUGUAAUUAUUGAUAUUGCAGUAUACUAACUAUUAAUAUUUUCCAAAUGCAAUAUAAUGAAAAGAAAUAGCCAAGAAAAUUAAAAUAUUUUCCUUGCCAUGUGGCUGCCCAUUCUAAACGUUCUCUAGCAUUUUGAAUAUCAUGUGCUUCUAGAAAUAAUUGUCUAGAUAAUUCUUCUAAUGCUAUAACUUCUAUUUGUAAUUGUUUUAUAGCUGAAAGUUAAUGCAGUAAAUUAGUGAUGAUCAUAUAUUAUUUCACUUGCUAUCAUAUUAAUAUAAUACGCACUUUCUUGAUUCCCUUUCGUACCACCUAAUGGACCUAACAUUCCCCAAAGACGUGAACGAACUUCGCUUUGCCCAAUCAUUUCACCUUUUUUGGCAAGUGCUAUCCUUUUUUUCUUAACUAUAAUCAUAUCCAUUGUUUGUAAUAAUCGUUUUUCUAUAGCUUGUACAUCAGCAUAAGACACAGGCCGCAUAAAAUAGGCCAUAGAUGAAUAUGGGUAAUUUACAGCACCAAAACCUGAUAAAAGUGCCAUAACAGUAACUCCUAUAACACCUAUCCGACUUACACCUUGCUCUAUUGAUAACAAUCCUUUCUUUGGACUCAAUAUUGGAAAAGGGUCACCAAUUUUCCAAAAUAAGUAGAGGUAAAAAAGAUAUACUAUGAUUGUAAGUGGCCUUAUCCAAUUCAGUCUUACUACACAAAAAUUAGAUAAAUAUCAAUUAAAGAAAAUACAGAUAAAAAAUAAAAAUAUAUUGGUAUAUACAUACCAAAUCUAAUGUUACUGAUAAUGAAAUAUGCUAUGUAAAAUGGUAUAAGAACUAUUACCAUAAAUAAAAGCAUAUAUAGUCCAACAUUCCAAUGAAAAUAUCUAGAACUGAUAAAAAAAAAAAUUAUCUUUAAUAAAGCCUUUCUUUCUUUUUUUUGAAAACUA